AAAAAAUACAUAAAAAUUAAACCAAAAAGUUUGAAUCUUUUAUACAUGUACAAAUAUUGCUGUAUAUUUCCAGUGGAAAUGCUUGUAUCGUAUACAGCCAGCCGACGACAAGUACACUUAAACCCAGAAUCACAGUCAGGUCACUCAAUCGUAUUAUCCCAGACGGAUAAAUGUAUUUCCAGAAAAAGACCGUUAGUACCCGCCAUUUUUCCUCUCUCUUGAACUUUCUCUCUCCUCCACCUCUGCUCUCUCUUUCCAGCCCAAAAAAGGCAGCCGACCCGCCACCAAAACCCAACAGGCAUAAAAGAUGGUUUUUUGGGUUUAUUUUUUUCUUUAAUUUUGUUUAUUUAUUUUUAAUUUGCAACAAAAACAAACGCGCAUUCUCAUCCUCACAGAGCCAACGACGACGAAUAAAUCGCUACUUUUUGUAAGGGACGACCAAUUUGUGCAGCUCCCUUUUGCGGUCUUUUAUCCUCUUGUAAUUGAGAAGAGGGAUAGGAAGAUACACAAGAAAAAGGUUUUGAACAACGAGCUGAAUAAUCGAGACUAAUUCUCCGAGGAGACCAAUCAUGGGUUGUCAGUUUGCUAUGUCGUCUUCUUCAUAAUGGAAGUAGAGAACAUCGGCAUCCCCGUGAUCCUACAAGUCCUGGACCUUCGUGGUGACAAGGGCAAAAAUAAUUCGAUCCCACAAGAACCAGAGUCCAAUGGGGGAGAUGUUGACAGUAAUAUCAGAAGGGAUUCCAUCCCUGAAAUCCCACCAGAAAUGGAUCUCAAGGGUGGUGAUGUCAAAGGUAACUCUGUCCUAGGGGUUCCACAGGACAUAGAGCCCAAUGGCAGUGAUAGCAGAAGGAGCUCUAUCGGAAAUGUUGAUCCUCCUCAUAUCAAAAGGAGCUCUAUCCCUGUGAUCCCACAGGAAAUGGAUCCCAAGGGUGGUGAUGUCGAAGGUAAUUCGGUCGUAGGGAUUCCACAGGACAGGGAGCCCAAUGGUGGUGACAUCAGAAGGAGCGCUAUCGGAAAUGUUGAUUCUCCUUCUACCGAGAGAAACUCUAACCCAGUGGUCCCGCAGGACAUGGACCUCAGUGAUGAUGAUAGGAACUUUAUUGCAAAUGUCGCACGGGAAAUAGAACCCGAUGGCAGUGCUAUCAAACUGAACUCUAUCCUAGAGAUCCCACAGAAAAAGGAGCCUGAGGGUGGAAAUAUCAGAAGCAAGUCUAUCCUAGAGAACCCACAGGAAAUGGAGUCUAAUGCCGGUGAUAUCAGAAGAAGCUCCAUCGAGAAAGUAGAUCCUCCUGCUGAUAUCAAAAGGACCUCUAUCCCAGUGAUCCCACGGGAAAUGGAGCCUAAUGGUGGGGAUGUUAGAAGGAACUCUAUCAGAGUGAUCCCACAGGAAUUAGAACCCAAUGGUGGUGGUAUCGGAAGGAACUCUAUGCCAGCGGUCCCACAGAAAAUGGAACCAAAUGCUGGGGAUACCAGCAGGAACUCUGUUCUGUGGAUCCCACAUGAAAUGGAACCAAAGGGUGGUAGAAGGAUUCAGUCCCGCUAUCUCAGAGUUCCAAUAGGUUCUUGCCAUGAUUAUUGCAAAUAUGGAGUGAGAAAUGCAUCUGAAGAAAAUGCAACUGCUGCCAUGCGAAAAUCGGCUAAAGAGAGGAAACAGAUAUCCACAACCAAUCAAAAGCCUUCUCCAGAUUCCGACACCCAGAGGCUUGACAAUUCUCUUGUCACAGAGAAAAAAGUUUUGUCAUUGAGGAAGAAGGAAAUUGUUUCUGCAGAAAAGGUUCCAUCCUCUUCCAAGGAUAUUGAUGUUUCUGUGGAAGAUUCCUCCAGUUUGAAGGUGAAGCGUGUGAAAUCAGAGCUAUCUUCUCUCCCAGAACCGGCCUUAAGCCUGAGAAAUUCAAAGGCAAUAUCCACAACUGGACCGAGGUCUGUUCUACAUUCCCAAACCUUGAAACUUAAUAAUUCUGUCGUCACGGAGAAAAAAGGUUCAUCAUCGACGAAGAAAGAAACUGCUUCUUCAAAGAAAGUUUCAUCUCCCAAGGAAAUAGCCGUUUCUAUGGAAGAGUUGAUUGAUUCGAAAAUGAAGGCUGAGCAAUUAGAUCAAUCUUCUCUCCCAGGAUCAGACCCAAGCCUGAGCAAUUCGGAGGUGACAUCGACAAUCAAUCCUAAGCCUUCUCCAGAUUCCGAGUCCCAGAAUUUUAUUGCCACGCAGAAAAGAGUUUCACCUCCCUAUAAAGAUAUAGAUGUUUCUGCUGAAGAUUCCAACGAUUCAAAAGUGAUUUCAACAGUCAGUCCUAAUCCUUCUCCAGAUUCUAAAGCACGGAAACUUAAUCAUUCUGGUGUCAUGGAGAAAAGAGCUUUAUCAUCAAAAAGGAAAGAAAAUGUCUCUUCAAAAACGGUUUUAACUCCCAUUAAGGAGAUUGAAGUUUCUAUGGAAGGUUCCAUCGGUUCAAAGGUGAAGCGUGAGCAAGUAGAGUCAUCUUCUUGCACAGGACAAGGUUCAAGUAUUCAAGGAAAGAGUGGAACUAGAAAAGGCAAGGAAAUACCCGAACGUUUGAGCAGCAGUGUCAAUAGAAAAAACAGAAGCAAACCGCCGAGGACUCCUGUAUUGGUUGAGAAAAAGAUGUUAGAGCCUGAAACUGUUUCUUUGACUUACAAACACCCCGUCAAGAGAGUCUGCGAUGAAAAUGCUGGAAGCUUUAAGAACCUUAAAGGGUUGUCUCAUAUGAAAGAUCAAAACGGUCCCCGAAAAGUUGAACCUGAGGGACCCUGCAAUAAGGAUGUUCCAGAAAAGAUUUUGUAUGUCAUCGAGUCUAAUACUGAGAAUAGUACUGUCGAACCAACUCCAAAUGGUGCCGAUGCCCCUAAGUUAUCGUCGUCGUCACAUCAAUCCUCGGAAGUCAAAAGCUCGAGACAAGCUAGGAAGGGAGUUGGUACCACUCGAGCACCGACAUCCUCUAUGAAGAAAAACUUGAAACGCACUGCAAAUGGAGGUUAUGGUCGUUCACCUACUGUUCCAUCCCCUAAAAACAAAGGCUUGAGGCGUAGUACUCGAAGACCUUUAUCUUCAUCGUCAUCCUUAUCAUCAUCAUCCAUAUCAUCAUCAUCCGUGUCCGCAUCCCCAGUCAAGUCCACUCAUAAAAAAGAAAAUGGCGCCACCUCUCAACGCAAAGCAAUGAAAACUGGUAAUCAAAGAGCAAAUUUGAAGGUGGGGAAGAGUACUAGGCCUCGAAAGUCUGAGAUACUUAGCUCUGAAAGCAAAAACAGCUCAGCCCGAAAGCUGACAUUUAGGAGAGGAAGGGUGCUUGACAUUAAGCCUGAGAUCAAUACUACAAGGAGACUCAAAUUCAGGCGAGUAAGAUUGGCAGGGGAGACCCAAAAUGGUAAAGGUGGUGUAAUAGGGGGAAGCGCCGGGAGGAAAGAAGUUGGUGACAGCCAGUCAAUUGGUGAUGUAUUCCAAAGGUUAAGCCCCUGGUGGAAAGUAGUUGAUCACAGUCACUCAAAUGGUGCUUUUAUCAAAAGGCGAAGCCUUGGGAGGAUUGAAGUUGAUGGCAGCCAGUCAAAUGGUGGUAAAUUCAAAAGCGAGAAAGUUGUUCCGAGAAGCUUCAAACGAGAUGUGGAAGGUUCACAAGGGAAGAGCUUGAGGAGGAAAGCGGCUGGUGAUAGUGGGUUGAAUGGUAGUACUAAAACGAGUCCUGAGAAAGUUGUGUUGAGACACCAAGGUGUGACAGGAAGGAAGGAUGUGCAGAAGUUGUUGAAUAAUGUGAUUGAAGAGACUGCCAGUAGGCUUGUUGAGUCCAGGAAGAGUAAAGUCAAGGCCUUGGUUGGUGCUUUCGAGACUGUGAUUUCGCUUCAGGAUACCAAAUCCAUGGCAUCGGAAACAGACACAGAAGAUGCAGUCUGAUAUACCAAAAACAUAUAGUUAUGAUUUCUGUACAUAUCUGAAAAAACACGAAUGCAGUAGUUUUGGAGGUUGCGUGGGAUUGAAGUUCUGCGAGCUUGUGAAGUUGCGGAGGCAUAAGUGAAGAGAAAACUGAAUCAAGGUGAGAAGGCUCUCUGAGAAUAUGAAACAUUUUUCUUGUGUGUACUGCUAUACUGAUUGUUUUGCCGAAGGAGUUGUGCAUUAUUGCUAUUAUUUUUCUGUUGUAUGUUUCUGCAACGUGCGUGUUGGUGAUUU